UGUCUAAUUACACCCUCCGUCUCUCUCUCUCUCUCUCUCUCUCUCUCUCUCUCCAUUUAUAUAUUGACUCGAGCCCUAACUCUUUCAAUUUCUCUCUCACCAUUUUUCUUCGUCUUCUUCCUCAACUUUUAAUCGAUCUGAAUUUUCUCCGAUUUGAUCUGCGUUUUUCUCAGAGCUCAAUCAACAAUGGAUGAAGAAUAUGACGUCAUUGUUUUAGGAACUGGUCUUAAGGAAUGCAUUCUCAGUGGUCUACUCUCCGUCGAUGGCCUCAAGGUACUACACAUGGAUAGAAAUGAUUAUUAUGGAGGAGAAUCAACUUCAAUUAAUCUCAUUCAGCUGUGGAAGAGGUUUAGGGGAAAUGACCAGCCUUCAGCAGAUUUAGGUCCCAGCAGAGAUUACAAUGUGGACAUGAUGCCAAAGUUCAUAAUGGCAAAUGGUGCUCUUGUUCGGGUCCUCAUCCACACAGAUGUCACAAAAUAUCUUUCUUUCAAGGCAGUUGAUGGUAGUUACGUUUUUAACAAAGGAAAGGUGCACAAGGUUCCUGCCACUGACAUGGAGGCCUUGAAAUCUCCUUUGAUGGGAUUGUUUGAGAAGCGUCGUGCCCGAAAAUUUUUCAUUUUUGUGCAAGAUUUUGAAGAGAGUAAUCCCAAGACACACGAGGGUCUGGACUUGACCAGAGUGACGACGAGAGAGCUUAUAGCAAAAUAUGGCCUUGACGACAACACCAUAGACUUCAUUGGCCAUGCAUUGGCUCUCCAUAGAGAUGACCGCUACCUGGAUGAACCCGCAAUAGAUACUGUGAAGAGAAUGAAGCUUUACGCUGAAUCUUUGGCACGUUUUCAAGGAGGAUCACCAUAUAUCUAUCCCCUGUAUGGGUUAGGGGAGCUUCCUCAGGCAUUUGCACGGCUGAGUGCUGUUUAUGGUGGAACCUACAUGUUGAAUAAGCCAGAGUGCAAGGUCGAAUUUGAUGCUGAGGGCAAAGUUGUAGGUGUAACAUCGGAAGGAGAAACUGCCAAGUGCAAAAAAGUUGUUUGUGAUCCAUCUUAUCUUACUAACAAGGUGAGGAAGGUGGGAAAGGUUGCGAGGGCUAUUGCCAUUAUGAGUCACCCAAUCCCCAGCACAAAUGAUUCACAUUCAGUGCAAAUUAUUCUGCCUCAGAAGCAAUUAGGACGUAGAUCUGACAUGUAUGUCUUCUGCUGUUCCUACACUCACAACGUUGCCCCAAAGGGAAAAUUCAUCGCUUUUGUAUCAACAGAGGCUGAGACUGAUAAUCCUCAGACUGAAUUAAAGGCUGGAAUUGAUCUUCUGGGCCCAGUCGAUGAGAUGUUUUUUGAUAUCUAUGAUAGAUAUGAGCCUGUCAAUGAACCUUCUUUGGACAAUUGUUUUAUCUCAACGAGUUAUGAUGGUACAACACACUUUGAAUCAACUGUAACAGAUGUGCUCAACAUGUAUACCAUGAUAACUGGAAAGGUUUUGGAUCUUAACGUGGAUCUCAAUGCUGCUAGUGCAGCUGAAGAGUGAAAUCUUUUAUAGUUGUGUGAACCGAUGCUUUGCUCCUCUUAUUCCUGAACAUGCCAAUCAAUCUUCUGGAGUAUGUGCCUGUUAUGUGGCUGCCAUAAAACUUGUAAUAAGUUUGUUACUGUGUUGUGUUUUUAAAAUACACAAGUAGGACUAAUCUUGUUGCGCUUCUGUGGCUGUUGGUGUUGGAUGACUGAAAACUUUCAGCUGUUUCUAUGUAUUUUUUUAUUAA